UAGUGCUGAUAGAAACACUCGCAGUUCUUUUGAGCAUAGUAUGCGAAGUCCACAAUGCCUCCGUCGCACGACCCCAGGGCUGGCAGGCUGGAUCGCCACCUUCCCCGCGGCCGCGCCAGAAUACUUGGCCGCUUGGUCGUACUCUCUAUAGUGCUCUCCUUCGUCUACGUACUAGCACUGCUGACGAGUCCAGCGUUCCUAUUCCGUCCCGCGGCACCGCACCGGCAGCCGUCCGCGCUGCCGCAGAGCGGGUGCGAGACGGCGAGGAACUGCACGGGGUCGCUGCUGGACCGCUACGUGUACCUCCAACACGACGCGGAGUUCAGCUGGAAGGACACGGGCAACAGAAUGAGGGCGAAGGAGAAGGGCGGGUGGUGGACGGGGUACAUCCUCGAGGUCACUCUGCACCGCUGGCUCAAUGCGUCCGCCACCAACCGCCACGUGUGGUGGCACUUCAUGACGCUCAUGGCACCGGACCGCAUGCACGGGGCGCACAAGGGCUUAGUGCUGUUCUUCGUGGGCGCGGGGUGGAGCGUGAAGAACAGGUUGCUCGUGCCCUCCAAGGACGGCACCUUCUUCCGCCUCGCCGCCCCACUGGUGGUGGAUCUUGGCAUUCUGGGGGUCAUGCUAGACCAGGUGCCCAUGAUGCCCAUCGACUUCUACAUGGGUCCACCCGGGGUGGGCAAGGCGCUCAUGCUGGAGGAGGAGGAGAUCAUGGCGCAUGCCACGGCCAUGUUUCUGCUGAACCCCAGCGACUACGAGUGGGCCAUGGAGUUCCCCAUGGCCAAGUCCGUGGUGCGCGGCUUCGAUGUCGCGCAGCUCGCAGCUCGGGCGCUGCUGCCCUCCGUGCCUGUGGAGGGUUUUGUGAUGAUCGGCGUGAGCAAGAGGGCUCUUUGCGCCUGGCUCGCUGCCGCCCUGGACAAGCGCGUGGUGGGGCUGAUCUCGUACGGCUACGACUUCUUCAACAUGCGCGCCACCUACCGGCACAUGUUCCGCUCGCUGGGCGGCUGGCCCAUCCUGCUCCGCUUCCACGUCGACUACAACCUAACCCGCAAAAUACUCGAACCGGAAUUCAAGAAGUUUGUGGACCUGGUGGACGCCUACAGCUACCGCGAGCGCCUCACCAUGGCGAAGCUGGUGGUGUCGGCCGCCAACGAUGAGUUCUUUGCCAUGGACGACAGCUACAACUACUUCGCCGGCCUCCCAGAGCCCAAGUUCCUCAAGGUGGUGCCCAACAUCGACCACAUGGUGGUGCACCUGUCGCAGUGGGGAUACGACGCCUGUGCGUCCUUCUUCCUCACUCUCCUCAACGACACCUCCUCCUGCGCCUCCCUCCCCUCGUCCGUCCGCCCGUCCCUCACCUGGCUGCCUCCCAACGCCUCCUCCCCUACCCGCUCUCAGCAAUCCUCCUCGUCUUCGUCCCCCACCUCCACCAAUCCCACCACCACCACCACCACCACGACCAGCAGCGGCAGCAUUGGAAGGGCGGGGCUCUUCUCUCUGGCCUUAGGGGCCGACCCGUCUCCCCCUCCGCUGCUGCUGCCCUGGUCCUGCUCCCCCUUACUCACACAUGUGCACUGGCCCAAACUGACCUGGCGCUUGGACUGGCCCUCCUACACCAUCCAUGCCACGUCAGAGGUUAAGCCCGCGGCUGUGCUAGCAUGGACUGGCAAAACGUUCGUGGGCAGCAAACGACGCGACUUCCGAUUCAUUCUUCACCAGGGGAGAACGGGAUGUGUGAUCCCCUUCAGGGGUGAUGCAUCAAGCUACGUGGGCAAGCUGGGCAAGCUGUGUGUGCAGCCCAUCCCAUUCUUCCCCGAUAAAGUCACACCCCCUACAAGGGGGGACGACGGCAAGUGGCAUUUCAGUGCCACUGUGAGCGACAUUCCCAAGGUGGGGUAUCGAGCGCUGUGGAUUCAAGUGGACUACGAUCUACCGAGUUACCACAAGCCCUUUUCCAUCACCACAGAAGCAAUCAUUGCGCCAAACAAUUACCCCUUUGAAUAUUGCGACACGGCAAAAUGCCAUAAUGUACUCGUGUAACAGUUCAAGAAAAGAAUGGUAUAUUCUUGUGUAGCGUACUUGAAAAUAAAGAUCAAUGUGCUGAAGCAUCAUGGACCAGGCUCCCAAAUUGGUUUUGGGCCUGUCUGAUUCGUCAGAGUCCACUGCCUUCCCUUGGUAUGGGUGUCAGAGUUACCUCCUUGAAAAAGUCUGAAAAAUCAGAGUAGCCUUCGAUGUUUUGUC